UGCAGAUCGGACGUAUUUCGCUCGUAUUUUGUGGUUUUCGUUUGUUUUAUUGUGGAUUUCAUUUUCCUUGCUCGAUUUUUUUUUGUGUUUUGUGUUUAUUUUUUUACGAAAAGUAUCGCGCUAUUGUUUGCAUCUCUAGAAAUUGUGUUUUUGUGCUUUUUUCGAGCAAUUUCUUGCUCGCCAAGAGAUCUUGACAGAAGUAGCCGGUCUGUGCAAACAUUUUCACCCAUUCGUUUUGGGAGAUUAAGUGAAACAACAGUGAAAUCUACCAGUGGUCACUUAAACAGUGAGUGAAAUAAACGCUACCAGCUUUAAAUCAGCGGUGAAAUCGUAAUUGCACUGCGGUUUUCGGGAUUUUGGAUGUCGUAUAUUUUUGGUGGGUGAGCACACAGUGUGUACACAUUUGAAAAGUGAAAUAAAAAACGAAUGAAUAAGUGAAAAGUAAAAGAUAAAAGUAAAAAAGUGGAAAUCUUCAGCGAAGCAAGGAAAUAACCAUCGAAUAAUAAAACAAGAUAAAAAGUAUCGUUUUCGAUCGUGAUUUAUGAUCAAUCAGUGAAAAUUGCACCCGGAAAGUGGUGUAGCAAUCCUCCAGUACUGCAUCGCGAAUUGCAGUUUCUACAGCAAGUUCGGAAGUGCAGACGAUCCGUGGCGGUUCGUAGUGUCGUGAGUCGUUGAGUAUUUCAAGCCGACAUUCAGCUGAAACACGAAACAAUCCUGAAGAACCCUAGUAAGCAGUUGCCCAACUCUGCCAGUUUUAGAAAACUAAUCUGAGAGAAAGUAAGCAGCAGCAAUAGAAGCCGAAAACAUCGAUCCGAUAAUGAAUCAUACCUGUGCUGGAUCAACUAUUUGAAACAAAGUUUCAAUAAAAUGGGCCAAGAGAAAUCUCUGCCCUCCAGAUGUACUUCCGCACAUGACUACCACCAUCACCACCACCACCACCAUCACCACCACACGACGUCCCUGGCCUCGUCAACGGGAUCCAAGUCCUCUGCAGCACCCUCCCGCUCACCGUCUACGGCUUCAACGACCUCCUCUGCAUCGUCUGCGUCUGCAGCGUCAUCGUACAAAAGUGUCGAACGGCAGACCAAGUACUUAAACGAGCAUCUCUACAUCAAAUCUUAUCUGGACAUUGAGGAAGAGGACAGAAACGCCAAACUGUUGUUCCAGAAGGUGCGACCCGGCGGUAUACGGAACUACACACCGAAGAUCCUUUCGGAGAACAACAAAAAAAACAUUGAUGUUUGGAUAUAGCAGUCGGCGGCUGGAGUUACUUUACGCUGAAACUGUUACAUAUAUAGAAGCCACGCUUGCAUCAACAACUACAAACUAUCGAAUUAACACCUUCCUCUUCUGUGCUGCCCCCUGCAAUCUCGCAACUUAUAAACCCACUAUAGAAAAGGGGAAACAUUUUUGGCAGACCUCUUCGUAACACUAGUUCUCUCGUGCAAUGGCUCUUGGACUCGCUUCCGUAGCGGCAGUAGCUGGAGGAAUCACGCACACCCCGAUAGCACUACUCACUCUCAUACCACUUAUAGCUGUAGGAGUCAAUUACUAUAGAUACCAAAGUGUGGAUCCGGAAUCGAAACCUAUAGACCAGGAAACAUUAAGACGCUACUAUGACUUUAUCGUCAUCGGUGCCGGAUCAGCCGGUGCCGUAAUGGCUUCGCGACUCUCGGAGAUAGGAGAUUGGUCGGUGCUACUGUUGGAAGCUGGAGGAGAUGAAAACGAGGUGACCGACGUACCAUCACUGGCAGGGUAUCUCCAGUUGACAGAAUUUGACUGGAAGUACCAGACGACACCGUCCGGUGAUCGAAGGUACUGCCAAGCGAUGAUAGGCGACCGAUGUAAUUGGCCCAGAGGAAAGGUUAUGGGAGGAUCCAGUGUGCUUAACGCAAUGGUGUACGUGAGAGGCAAUCGAAGGGACUACGACAGCUGGUUAGAACAGGGUAACCUAGGCUGGGGUUACGACAGUGUCCUACCAUAUUUCAUCAAAUCGGAGGACAACCGUAAUCCAUACAUGGCAAGAUCACCGUACCAUGGAGUAGGAGGAUAUCUAACGGUCCAGGAAGCUCCUUGGAGAACUCCACUUUCGGUUGCGUUCGUAAAAGCAGGCAUGGAAAUGGGUUACGAAAACAGAGACAUCAACGGAGCAGAACAAACAGGAUUUAUGUUGCUCCAAGCGACCAUGAGACGAGGAAGUCGCUGCAGUACAUCGAAAGCAUUCCUGCGUCCGGUUCGGUUAAGGAAAAAUCUAGACGUCGCAAUGCACGCCCAAGUGACGCGCAUUAUUUUCGACAAAAACAACAGAGCGUACGGAGUCGAAUUCGUGCGUAACAACAAACGGCAACUGGCUUUUGCCAAAAAGGAGAUUAUUUUAUCAGCUGGAGCGUUGAACACUCCACAGAUAUUGAUGCUGAGCGGCGUUGGACCGGCAGAUCAUCUGGCCGAAUUCGGAAUUCCGGUGCUAUCGGAUCUUCCAGUUGGUGACAACAUGCAAGACCACGUCGGGCUCGGCGGCUUGACGUUCGUUAUUGAUGAACCAGUAUCGGUAAAAACUUCACGUUUCACAACCGUACCGGUGGCAUUUGACUACAUCUUCAACGAACGAGGUCCAAUGUCGUUCCCGGGUAUCGAAGCUGUUGCCUUUGUAAAUACAAAAUAUGCCGAUCCGUCCGGAAAGUGGCCCGAUAUCCAGUUUCACUUUGGACCGAGUUCGGUAAAUUCCGACGGUGGACAGUACAUCCGAAAGAUCCUCAAUCUUCGCGAUGGUUUCUACAACACUGUCUACAAACCACUACAGAAUGCCGAGACAUGGACAAUCCUUCCUCUUCUGCUGCGACCGAAAAGUACCGGCUGGGUUCGGUUGCGAUCGCGAAAUCCGUUCGUGCAACCCUCGCUCGAACCCAACUACUUCGCCCAUCCCGAAGACGUAGCGGUGCUCGUCGAGGGGAUCAAGAUUGCAAUCAACGUGUCCAGCACGCCGGCGUUCCAGCGGUUCGGAUCGCGGCCGCACAAAAUUCCGCUGCCAGGCUGUCGGCAUUUACCGUUCAUGUCCGACGAGUACUGGGCCUGCUGUAUCAAACAGUUUACCUUCACCAUCUAUCAUCCGACGGGAACAGCAAAGAUGGGACCAAGCUGGGAUCCCGGAGCAGUGGUCGAUCCCCGGCUACGGGUGUAUGGAGUUUCCGGACUGAGAGUGGUGGACGCUAGUAUUAUGCCGACGAUAGUCAGCGGCAAUCCCAACGCGCCAGUCAUCAUGAUUGCCGAAAAGGCGGCCGACAUGAUCAAACAGGACUGGGGUCGUUGGUGAACACCAAACACAACAGAAAUGGGGUAUCACUGAAGCAAAUUCACAUGUGCCUAAACGUAGUUUUUCGCCUGCCUUUAAAUUGUGUACUUAGCAAAAAUUAAAGAAUGUGAUAUUAUAGUGCGGCGAAAAACGUCACAACGUAAACAUCGAAUAACAAUGUCGCGUGGUUAGCACUGCAGCAGCCAAAAGGAGCAACACACAGAAGAGAAUGCCGAGAGAAUGUAGUAUAAUAAAUUUCUACUAGUCAGCAUCUGGGGACAAAACACGUCCAGGCGUUACUGAAAACAGAUUAUUUCAAAACAAUGGAAAUUGUUGUCUUUAAUUUUAUGUUGAUCAAGUUUUUGUUUUAAAAAAUAUUGUGUAUAAGACUAUAAAGGACGUAAGGGUAAUGUGACAAUGUAUUUCCUAUUUAAACCGGCACUACCCUCAACUCUUUGCAUAAUCCGGAUAAAGCUAAAUCAGAAAAUGCAAAAUUAAAACGAAAGCUGAAUUAAAUCUACGAAAAUACAGAGACAACGCGAGUUUCUAUAGAAAAAAAAUAAGGUUA